UCUAUUAAGCAGCCAUUUCUAGCCACCGCCACUGACCACCCUCAUCUCUCUCUAUAUAUAUAAUCUCCGACCGCCUUACCGAUAACAAACUCUCCAUUUUCAAUCCUUGGAGACUGUGGCGCUUCAAUUCAUCGGUUUUCUACCUUCCAACAAUGGCUAAAUUAUAUACAUCGAUCUGUCUUAUAAUACUCGCUAUCUCACAACUCUCCAUACAAGGAGUAAUUUCGUCGGCGACGUUUACAUUUGUGAACAAGUGUGAUCAAACAGUUUGGCCAGGCAUUUUAUCGAACGCUGGGAUUGCACCUCUUGAGCCUACAGGUUUCGCUCUUCAAAAAGGGGAAUCGAAGGUACUCAACGCGCCGGCGUCUUGGGGUGGUCGGUUUUGGGGACGAACACACUGUUCCGAAGAUUCAGACGGUAAAUUCACCUGCGGCACCGGAGAUUGCGGAUCUGGAAAACUAGAAUGUGCCGGUGCCGGCGCUACUCCUCCCGCCACCUUAGCUGAAUUUACUCUCGAUGGCGACGGUGGAAUGGAUUUUUUCGAUGUCAGUUUGGUUGAUGGAUAUAACCUCCCGAUGCUGGUGGCUCCGAGCGGUGGAUCUGGACGGAAUUGCACUUACACCGGGUGUAUGGUGGACCUAAACGGCGCGUGUCCGUCACCUUUGAAGGUGAUGAACAGUGACGGAGAAGGUGUCGCGUGUAAAAGCGCGUGUGAGGCCUUUGGGAAACCAGAGGAUUGUUGCAGCGGCGCGUAUGGUGCACCUGAUACCUGUAAACCAUCUUCUUAUUCACAGCUGUUCAAGACCGCCUGUCCACGCGCUUACAGUUAUGCUUACGAUGAUAAAACCAGUACCUUCACCUGUAUCGGCGCCGACUACCAGGUCACUUUCUGCCCACCUCCGACCACCAGCAAGAAAUCAACGGAGGGGCAAGAAACUCCGGCGACUCCAGCGACGCCGGAGAUUAGCACCGGAAUGGUAUACGAAGGAGCAGAUGCAAUGGAAACUGACGGAGCUCCGCCGUUGUACACCUACAUUUAUUCUGCCAUUGCAGCAGUUACGGCGGCUGUGUUUUUAUGGUAACCCGGUAACAUCGAAAACGGAUAGUCCAUAUAACAUUAUCGGGUCAGAAAGUGGGCCCAUGUCCUUAUCAACAUUCAUAUUCUCUUUAUAUGUCCUCCGACCCGAUUGGGCCCAGAUGUGACGUGGAUUUGUGUCAUCUUGAAAAGUUACUCCCCACCCAAAACACUCUCACUUUAUGCUUCCGGAUCGGCUUUCUUUUUCGGAUUCGAUCCGAAAACAAUAUUAUCAUUUGGAGUUUUAUAGUGCAUGAUUGGGUUGUACGGUACAAGUGGGGGAGAAUUACGUGGCUGAUAUAUAUAUAUUUUUUAAGUUUUAUAUUUAGUUAGGAUUUUUGGUUCUUUGUGGAAUUAUUAGGUGUAAUGAAGCUACAUGUAAACCACCACUCUAUUUAGUGGGGAAUCAUGAAGAAUUAUUGAUCCAUUUUUUUUAUUAAAUAGUAAACUGAUUGAAUUUUAGAA